AUGUUCAAGAUUGAAGAAUUAUACGCAGUAGAAGAUGAACGAUGUUGUGAUCAAUCCAAGGACAUCAAUAUUCUUUUACUGGGUCGAGCGGGAACUGAAAAAUCGACAUUUAUCAAUGGUUUACUGAAUUAUAUUUGUAAUGAUACGUUAACACAAGCAGUUCAAGACGAACUUCAAGUUGCGAUUCCAUCAACAUUUUCCUAUACGGAUGAUGACGCGAAAAUAAGAGUGCAAGUGACAAUAUCAUCUUCGUUUUUAACAAUGUCCGAUCGAUAUUUUUCAAGCCGGACAGCACAACAUCAAGCUGAGUACCAUGUUGAAGUUCCAUUCUCAACGACAAACACACUUCAAGUUAUGAACAAAGUUGGAGAAUAUGCAAAACUUAUGAGCUACGUGGCCACACGUCCACUCCGUGUGAUCAGGGAUACACUUACACUGAAUGAAGCUGAACAACUGAUUCGAAAACUAACGCGACCUAUCGCUGAAACAGCUAAACUUAUCGAAUACAAUAUUCAACUUGCUCGACAACAUAGAGAAAAUGUUCGACGAAAUCCCGACGAAGCGCGACAAGAUGUGCGCCAAAAUGAUUUAUUGUCGUGGAUAACCAGAGAGUCGUUGAAUAUAUCUCUAAAUGUCGCGAACGAUGCUUUCUCAAUGGCGUUGUUUCAAGCAACAAUUCGAGAUUCGAGAAUGAGCGAAUGUGACGUCAUGCAUUAUGAGGCUGGCCUCUAUUUAAAAUGCGGCAGUUCUUGGAAAAAACAUCAACAUAUAACUUACGAAUAUCAGACAACUGUGACACGACUUCAAGGAAAAUUUACAUUAGAAGAAAUCGGGCGACGAAUUAAUGAUUUGCGGAACGAAAAACUAGCCAAGUCUCUUCAUGCGAAUGCUAUUCUUCCACUAAAUGACGAAAUCAUCGAAUAUUUAAAACAUUUUAUUCGUGAGGAACAAAUGAAACGAAACCAUCCUGUUGUUCAGGGUCUUGCGGAAAUGAUGGAGAGUUAA